AUGCAUGUUGAUACGGAGGGGAAAGUUCCAGUUUCACAAAAAGGCAGAACCCUGUUAGUGGAAAAGAGUGUACAGCUAGAAAAUAAAUAUGGAGAAAAACUCGUAGGAAUAUUACACGAGAGUCAUUCCAAGGAACUUGUUAUCUUAUGUCAUGGAUUUAGAUCAUCAAAAGAAAGUAGAACGUUAUUAAAGCUUGCUGAUGCUUUUAAAGAGGAAGAAAUUGCCGUCUUUCGCUUUGAUUUCUCAGGCAAUGGAGAAAGUGGGGGAUCAUUUCAAUUUGGCAACUAUUGGAAAGAAGUUGAUGACCUACGUGCAGUUAUCUUGCAUUUUUCAAGUCAAGGGUGGAAAAUAAAUGCCAUCAUAGGCCACAGCAAAGGAGGGAAUGUCGUCCUACUCUAUGCAUCUUCAUAUCAUGAUGUUCCUAUGGUUGUCAAUAUAUCUGGGCGUUUUUAUCUGGGAAAAGGAAUUGAAGAACGGCUUGGCGCAGAUUUUAGUGAAAGGAUUAAAAAAGACGGAUUCAUUGACGUCAGAGACGAAUCUGGUGGGCAUUUGUAUCGUGUAACUGAGGAAAGUCUGAUGGAUCGCUUGUCAACUGAUAUGCAUUCGUCAUGCACAUUGAUCGACAGUAACUGCAGAGUUUUGACAGUCCAUGGAUCGAAAGAUGAGAUAGUGCCAGUUGAGAAUGCGACCGGAUUUGCAAAUGUUAUUCCCAAUCAUGAACUCCGAAUUUUGGAUGGUGCUAACCAUCGAUACUCAGGGCAUUUUUCUGAGUUAUCUUCAUGUAUUUUGGAGUUUAUUAGAGAAUGA